GUCUGGAGCUGGAGAAGUUUUUGGUGACGGCUUAUUCGAGGAGAUAAGGUUCAUAUCCAGGUGUGACUGCACUGGUCGGGGGGAGAACUGCUGGUCCCAGAAUUUCCAGGUUAGAACUGGAAAACAGUCAUGGCAACAUCUCAGAAUACCAAUAGUGAACAAGUUGUUCCAGGAGAUAAUGAUCAGGAUGAUGUCCUAUCCGUGCAGGCCCGAUAUCUCCGCAGUCCAUCUCCUAGCAGAUUUUCCGUUAUGUCAGAUACCGACACAGAGAGCAUCUUCAUGGAGCCCAUCCAUCUCUCAUCUGCGAUUGCUGCAACCAAGAUAAUUAAUGAAGAGUUGAAACCCAAAGGAAUAAAAGUUGAGCCAAUGUCACCAAAAAUGCUGGAGUCAGCUGAGCAGCUACUGGUGGAAGAUCUUUAUAACCGGGUAAAAGCUAAGUUUGAUGACACCAGUAGAUUCAACACACCCUGUAUCAUGGACAUCCAGCGUGCACUGAUGCAAAAGAUGGAAGCCCCCAGAGAACUUAUGGAUGAGGUGUGGCCAAAUGUGUUCAUAGCUGAAAAGAGUGCAACUGUGAAUAAAGUUCGAUUGAAACGACUGGGUAUAACUCACAUCCUUAAUGCUGCCCAUGGUACGGGAGUGUAUACCACAACAGGCUUUUAUGCAGGAAUGGAAAUUCAGUACCUUGGAAUCGAAGCUGAUGACUUCCCUGACUUUGACCUGUCCAAACACUUCCGUAAGGCUGCGGAGUUUAUGGAUGAAGCACUUCUGACAUAUAGAGGUAAAGUUUUGGUUUGCAGUGUCAUGGGAGUGAGUCGAUCGGCAGCCUUAGUGGCAGCCUACCUCAUGAUCUUCCACCAUUUGACAAUCAUGGAGGCGUUAAUGACUCUACGUAAAAAGCGUCCAAUCUUCCCAAAUGAGGGCUUCUUGAUGCAGCUUAGGGAACUAAAUGAAAAUCUUUUGGAAGAACGUGGUCAAUAUGACCUUGAUGAUGAUGAUGAGACUCUAAGCCAAUGUUCUGUCAUAGAAGCAAAAUCCCAUUCUGUCUCUAUGGCUCAAGAGGAGACACAGAGCAUCAUGGGAGCUAAGGCGCAUUCUAUCUUGGUGGAAGAGGAAGACACAAACAGCUUAAUUGCUAACAGUUUAAUGAGCUCUGCGACAAAAACAAGUGUUGCUUCCAAAAGACCACCGUUAAUUGAGGAAGCUGAAGAGGAAAGGAUUUAUGAAGAAUGGAGAGCAAAACAAGGUUUGCCACCAAUAGAACAAACUAAGAAACUGAGAGAGGAUAGACCCAAACCUCUUGAAGAUCUUGAGGAAGAGAGUAAUGUUGAUUGGCUAAUUAGAGAAUGGCAAAGUAAAAAUGAAAAGUUUCAAUUGGAUCCAUGCCGGCAGCCUGAACCACUGAACAACGGUGAAGAAGACGGCGGAUCCAUUAUUGCAGGAAGCAGACAAUACUUUGCCAAUAAACAAGAUGACACAGCAAGUGUUGACAGUCUUGACAGUGAGCUUCUUCAACAACGCUUAGAGGAGUAUUUAAACAAGCCAAGGAGAAUGCGAAAUGACUCCUUAUCCACUGAAGCCAGCACUUGGGAUAUGUGGGAUGAACGAUUACUUGAGAUCUGCAAGAAAGCUGCAAGAGGUAAUGACAGUAGUAGCAUAGCUUCUUUUAGCUAUAAUGAAAAAAGGAGAGACCCAGAUGAAGAAAGUUCUGUAUUCUCAGAAACUAGUUCUAUGUUCAACUUCUGCCAGAAGAACAAAGACAAACUGACCCCUCUAGAAAGGUGGCGUGUCAAACGGAUACAGUUUGGAUGGAAUAAAAAAGAUUCCAAAGCAGACAAUGAUAAUAACACUGAAGAAAAUGAGGAGGGGAAGGAAGGAGAAGCAAAAUCACUUGCUGAUGUCAACCUGACUGCUUAUCAGAGCUGGAAGUUGAAGCAUCAGAAAAAGCUGGGCAAUGAAAACAAAAAUGAGAUAAUUAAUUUGGCAAAAGAUGAAGAUAUUACAUCUAAGAGAACUAAGCAAAGGCGUGCUGAGGUCUUGGAACGCUCCAAACGAACGUUGGAAGAGAGUAAGUCCUUGGCUGAGUAUGAGACAGAGAGUUCUAUGAGCGGAAGCAUUCCACUGUCUAUUUUCGGGUGCAGAAUGUCUGAUAGAAAUGUAAGUGAUGAUACUGCUUCUAUGUUAAGCAUGCAGAGUAGUGGAACUUCAACGUCCAGAGCUGGAACUGCCUCAGUUACUGCAGUGCCUAUGCCACCAUUGCAAGUAAAUCCUGAUGCUACUGUUUCACUUUCUAGCAUUCAGGAUUGGAUUGCUUCUGUGGUUACUGAGCAAAUUGCAAUAAAGCAAAAUGAGAUCAUGGGUACUGCCUCACAAUUAGACAAAAAUAUCCAACAAGGGGCCGCUGGAAGAUAUAGAGAGGAUGACAAAAUUUCACUUCUCAGCAUGCAAAGUGGAAGUGCCUGCGCUAGUUCCCUGCUGGGGCCUAAAGCAGCUCGGAGCACAGAUGCUCAGUCUGUCUUGUCAGGCAGCAGUCUGUCUAGCUUCAAGUCGGAAGGCUUCAAUCCUAAAGGGAAGAUUACAAAAACAAGCGUACCACUUUAUAGCUUGUUUGCAGAUGAAGUUGAUCUUAAAAAGUUAGACCGCAAGGACAAAGAAAUAAAAAGGGAAAUGAAAGAUAAAAUGGAUGCAUACAAAAAAGAAAAGGUUGCUUCUGACAAUAAACGCAGCACGUUGUUUAAAAAGAAGAAGAGGGAUGGAAGUGAAGAUGAGGAUUUGGCUGAAACAAAUUCAGGAUAUUUUGCCAGUUCAAGAACAGAUAAAUUUGACACAAUUUCCAAUAUUUCAGAUAAUCAUUUAUGCACAGGCAUCAGUACACCAACGUCAGCUACCAAUAUACAUAAAUGGCUUAAUGAUGUUAAGGAAGUAUCUGUUGACAACAAAACCUUAAAAUAUGACCAGAUUAUGAAUAAGGAAACAAAGGUCAAUAGGGCUUCUUACAUGCAUGAAUUUGAUAGCGGGUCAUUGCCAAAUCACCAGUUGGAUGUAACAAAAGGUUCAGCCCCAUUAGAUCUUACAAGAGAUUUUGAUUUGAAAACACCAUCGACAAGCUCAGAAAAAUAUACAUCUCGAAGAUUUGCUUCUUCCUACAACUCAAAUGUUGAUGAUGCCAAUAUAACUAAGUCGAAAUUUCCUACCCCAUCAUCGGACUAUAGUUUUCGAAGGCCAAAGGCUGAUGAAGCUGGCAAUUCCAGAGUAUUGCAUUCUGAAAUGUCCUCUCUUGAAAUGCAGCAUUCAAGUCCAGAUGUUGGUUUUCAGCCAUCAGACCAACCAACAACUCACCUUUUCCCAAGGAGAUCUUGCUUGUACCGUUCAGAAACAGAACUAAAUGCCCAUGAUGAUACCCUGGAGACACAUACAAAGAGAACAUUCAAGCAGAGUUUUGCAAAUGUAGAAGGACAGGGCAGUGAAAAGAGUAAUAACAGUGACCUUGAAAAUCCUUCAGCAAAGAAAGGUAUGAAGUCUGUAUCAGAAAACAACAUUGAAGAUGAUGAUGAAAUUAUAGCUGCUUGGAGGAAUCGUCAAGAAAUCAGAAUCAAAGAUAAAAAAGGCACCAAAGAGAAUAAACAUAAUAAUCAUUUAUAAAUAGAAUGAACGAAUGAAAAUUUGUGUGUGUGCAAAUGAAUUGGUAUGCACAACAGAAAAAGAAGAGCCAAUUUUAACAAGAAAUUUAACAACCCCUUAUCCCCUCCAAACCUGGUGAGUGCAGUGCAAUGCUAUGCAAAUUCCUCUUUUGGUCAGCUUGUAAUCGUAAUGUUUGAGAGAAAUAUAUUUUAGAACCCUUUAGUGACAAUAAAAUGUGUCAAUAUA